GUUUUUGUCACCAAAUCCAGUAGAAUCAACUUUGGCGGGAUCCUGAUUUUCGAACAGAUUACAGAUGGAAUGCCAUCGAAGAAACACACCCCCCGAAAGACGACGCAAAACAAGCAAGGAAGGAUGCAUGCUGAGAAUUAGCGACACCUGGUCAAAAACCAAACAGAGAGUGGUCUCCAGCAACUAUUGCUGUUGCAACGUCCUUCAAGUAAACCAAUGAGCAAAAACCAAAUCACUCUGUUCCAAAGUUUCAAACAAUAAAUCCA